UCUGGACCAGACUGUUUGGAGAAGCGCUAGGUAUGAGAAACCUUCAAUGGGAUACCUAUGAUAUGAUCUUUUUCCCCAAAUGGGGUGCAGCGCAUCAAUAUGUGAUUUGUUUUGAUUUGCCGGGUGGCCAAAUGAAUAUCCUAGACCACAGUUUGGCAGAACCGCACAACUCCUUCGAAGCUAAGUAUGGCAAGACACCAUCCCUUCUGAAAAAAUUCCUUGUUGAAGCACUUUCGAGGUGCCAAGUUCCGAAAAUGGCGACCCAGGUGCGAAAAUGCAGAACCCACGUGGUGACCAUGCCUUGGAGGAACAACAACUUCAUUGACGAGGCAGGUAUCUACGUCAUGUGA